UAUUAGCUAAUGUAGAGAGCAAACAUGGCUGCGCCCACAGGACCGAGAGAAUCAUCAGCCUCCAACCCGCCCGGCUUCAAAGCUUUUCCGUUUGCAAUGGGUGGCAGACCACCGGAGGACAGCUCCGCUAAAGAGCCGGAGAAGACCGGGGAGGCGAAAAAGAAGCCAUGCAGGGCUUGUACGGACUUUAAAUCGUGGAUGAAGCUCCAGAAGAAACAGUCGACAGCUGCUACACAGGUCCGAGCUGCAGAGUCAGAGCCACAAGAAGACCCACAGUGUCCACUGGACCGGGAAGAGUUGGGACGCAACACCUGGUCCUUUCUGCAUACCAUGGCAGCGUAUUACCCCGACCAUCCAUCUUCCACCCAGCAGCAAGAGAUGGGGCAGUUCAUCGACCUUUUCUCCAAGUUCUUCCCCUGCGAUGAAUGUGCAGAAGACCUCAGAGGAAGAUUAAAAACCAAUAACCCGGACACCAGCAGCCGCCAUGCUCUCUCCCAGUGGCUCUGUCAUCUCCAUAAUGACAUCAACAAGCGCCUGGGGAAGCCUGAGUUUGACUGCUCCCGUGUGGAUGAGAGGUGGAAAGAUGGAUGGAAAGAUGGUUCCUGUGACUGAAGGAUUGUGUCAGGAGAGUUGAUGGGUGGGGGGACUUCGCCGAGACGGAAGAGGAGAAAUUCAGAAGCUCACGUCACUGUCCAUGUGAUGAGAGAUGUGUGAUAAAUGUCAAACGGCUUGUCUUGCUUUGUGGUUAGUUAACUUAACUGAUCUGGUAAUAAAACGUAAGGGUCCAAAACGAUAAGUAUUCCUCUCUGUUUCUCAAGUUAGGACUAAGACUCCUAGUAAAACAUGGCAAAGUUUCACCGAACCUGUUGUUGUUUCAGGUUAUUGAGGAGUUUUAAGUUUGGGAUAUAAAUUCCACACGCAGUCUUUCGUGAAUCUGAAAAAACAUGCAGGGACACAUGUUCUCAACAGUCUCUUAAAGAUUUAUUUGGUGUUUUACUGCUUUGCAGCAUUACCAAGCAGAUCUGUGUGCACACGGCAUUGUUUUUUGUUUUUUUUGUUUUUUUUAACCUUGAGUUCCAGACUCAAGCUUGUGUUUUUGACCAGUUUAUCUUUUGGAUUGUCUUUUCAGGCACAACUGAUUAAGUUAUUUACAACUGGAUUUAAUGAUGAAAAAUGUGGUUUUCUGGUCUGUUAUUAGUUGUGUUUUGUAGACCCAGAACAUCCACUACAACACAGAAUAUUACAUUUUUAAAUGUGUGAAAACUAUUUAUUAAAUAAUUCUCAUUAUGUCGGUGAUUAGAGAUAUUACUUAUAAAAUACUUAAACUAAAUAUGUCAGAGAAAUAUAUAUUUUUAUAUUUUCCAUAGUAGUGAUUACAGAAUGUUUUUUCAUUGCAAUACCACACUUAGUUUGUGUGUUUGUGUGUGUUAUGAGAUACCUUACCUGCAGAGUAUGUUAAUUUAUUUGCAUCAUUUAGUGCAAAUAGUGAAAUUACAAAUUAUAUCAUUCUAUUUAAAUCAUUAAAUGAUCUUAGAAGUCAAAAAUUACGUAAAAAAUACCAAUAUUUUGUUAGUUACAGCUUCACAAAAGCGAUCAUUUACUUGUGUUUCUGUUUCACGUCAGUGUAAAUUGUUUUUUGGAUGUUGAUCAGAAAAAAUAGGCACUUUUGAAGACAUCACUUUGGGCUUUGGUAAGAUGUAAUGGGCAUUAUUGUUAUUAUUAUUAUUGUUAUUUUACACCUGUUAGUGGCAGCACCAUGUGAAAACUUUUCUCCAUAGUCAAGGGCCUUUGAGGCCGACACCUUAGCCAUGUGACCCAAUGUGUGUUAUUAAUAAACACUCUGAUCAUGAA